CCCAAGUCCCAUGUCAAAGAUUAAUCAAUUUUGACAGUUCAUUCGUGAUAGAAUAAUUAAUCAGAAAAAUGAAAAUUUCCUAAAAUUCCAGUUUUGCCGACUCAUUAUUCGAAUGCCAUAUUUUCGGCAACUUACAAAAUAACCUUACAAAAAUGUUGCCCUAACCGCGCUAGAUUAUUUCGUCAUACUUUGCAAUACGUCACAGAUACAACUUCUACAGCUGAUUGUGUAUAAAAUUAUGAGUUUCUGUGUGCAAGGCCAGUAUUCAGUCGUUCACAGUCGCUUAUAGCGGACGACUGCGCAUUCAGAUAACAAAAUAUUGAGCUCAGAGUAUUUUUUGUGUGUGUGAUAUUGGCCGGUAACCUUGGCUGUGUGCGAGGCCGUGAAUACCUACCUAAUACAAAUAAAAAGUUAAUCUAUUUGGUCACGAUGUUGAAGAGUGCGUCUAAAGUGACAAUAAAUACCGGCAACGUGCUGAACUUGAUCGACAUCAAGAAGAAGGCUGGCCAGAAUGUAACCGAGGAGCUUUCAGAAAGUAUCAAAUUGACUCUAUCGGAAUGGGGUACACAAAAUGGCGUCCCCGUUCAAAAUGGCGUCGGUCCGCCUCCAGGGGGUCAUCCGCAGACCUCACACCGCCACUCCGACUACAAAGUGAUGACGGCAUCAGCUGCAGCGGGCUCUGAAGCGGUGAUCAACAUCACAAGACCUCAUGAUGACGUACAAAUCAAAAUGGCAGAAGAAGAACGCAAGAAUUUGAAGAUUGGAGUCAAGAUUUUUAUUAAUGAAGACAGUACGACGGCCUUGACUGAGUGCUUGGAGAAUGUGUUCAGCGCAUUGCACACAGAGUAUAUAGACAACGUCAUACUAGCAUACAACCCCGACCUGCUGCAUCGAGAGGAAGCCAAUGAUGACAACACCCUCAAAAACACAUACGCCACUAAAGCAUCCCCCAUUUCUUUAGGCAGUAAUGUGCGCAUGUCCAGUACGGAGGUUGAGGCCGACAAUGAGGCCGACGCGCGUAAGUGUGAGGCCAUUCUACCUGGCAUCAAGAUCCUCUGGGCUGUGCUUGAAGAUUUCGUCAAAGAAGGUCGCGUCCAGCAGCUAGGAGUAGCAGAUGUAGGUGGUGGAUGUCUCCGCAAGCUCCACGCGUGGGCUCGCGUCCGGCCAUCCAUCGCGCAGAUCAACCUCGCGUCAUGUUGCGUGGUACCGCCGUCCCUUCACGCCUUCUGCCGCGCCAACGACGUGCAGUUGUUGACACACGCUGAUCCCCCAGAUCUACUCUCAAUCGCCGCAGUAAAGACCCUUUCGGACGCGGGCGUGGGUUGCGACAACUUGGACUGGUGUGCGCGCUACCAAGUUCACAUCAAGUGUAGGGGAGUCCUAGCACUGAAGGGAUACGUCUGUAAGGCCACGCUCGACACCAAUUCAGACAAAUUAGAUAAACUAGAGAAUAUAUAAUGCGUACGCGACAUCGUCGUGUUAAUAGUAAGGUAUUUAAGCAUUUUAUUAUUGACAAAAGUUGCGCUUAACUUGCGCUAACUUUGCGCAACCGUUGCGCUAUUCUUUUGCGCAAAAUCUACCGUUUGUUAUGAUUUAAAGAUAUGUAUUAGGAGUGAAAACAGUUACUAUUUGAAUU